CAAAAUGGCAGAACAAGAGAAUAGUUGACACAGUCUGCUGGCUUUCAUUGACAGAUGCUUUCUCGAGGCACGAUAGACCCGCAACAACAACGCAUCGACGACUAUCAAAUCUGCUCCUAUGUUCAUGGUGGUGGCCACACUUCUGAUUAAUUAUGAUCAAGUUCCUGCUGAUGGUCAACAAACAAGGGGAGACUCGCCUCUCUAAGUAUUAUGAGACAGUGGACAUUGAGAAGAGGGCAGCUCUUGAAGCUGACUUGGUCAGGGGAUGUCUAUCCCGGAAGAAGGAAGAGUGUUCGUUUGUGGAGUAUAAGGACUACAAACUGAAUGAACUCUCAAUUUAUGAGCUUGUGCACAACUUUGUCGAAGUGUUAGACAAGUAUUUCAGUCAUGUGUGUGAACUGGAUAUCAUGUUCAAAUUGGAUAAAGUACACAUUAUCUUAGAUGAAAUGAUCCUGAAUGGACACAUUGUGGAGACCAACAAGGACCAAAUACUUGCACCAUUACUGGCCCUGGACAAGAUGACUGAAAGCUGAAAACAUGCAAUAAUAUUUCAUAAAUAUUCAGUCAUUAAACCAAACAAAUGGUACUCUCACUAAUCUUAAGUGUUUAUCUUACAUUCUUCCGCAUUUAUUUAAGCAUAUUUUGAUUUGACCUGCAAUAAACUCAAUGCAUUGCGUAAACAGAGACAAUGUUUCUCUUCAGAAAGGAACUUUUUA